AUGUCGAUAUCUACUCGAGAAGAAGAAAAUACUCUUCAGGAUAAGCUGGAAGAGGACAUGUUUGAUGAGAACAGAUCCUUCUCAAGUGUAUCAGUUUCUGCUACUGAGACGCUCAUUCCACCCCCAAUUGAAGCUAGUCAAAUAGUUAUGGCUGCUGAAAGCAUGGAUGAUGUCCCCGUUCAAGCACAUGUACCUGAUACAAUGAUGCUUGACCAAACAAACGUAAGUCAACACUUGCUAAGUCAUGAAGGGGAAGAAAAUGUAUGUAUUUGUUGA